AUGGCUCUUCUACGCAAAAUUAACCAAGUGCUGCUAUUCCUUCUGGCCCUGACCCUCUGUGGGAUUCUGUACAAGAAGGUUCACAAGGGAGCUGUACUCAAGCCUGAAGCUGGUGAUGAUUCUGAAUCUCCCGAUGAUAUGGAAGAGGAGAUUCCAGUGGUGAUCUGUGCGGCCCCAGGGAGGAUGGGUGCAGCUAUGGCUGCCAUUAACAGCAUCUACAGCAACACCGAUGCCAACAUUGUGUUCUAUGUCGUUGGACUACGAAACACGCUGUCUCGAAUAAGAAAAUGGAUCGAACAUUCUAAACUGAGAGAAAUAAACUUCAAAAUUGUGGAGUUCAACCCUAUAGUCCUCAAGGGGAAGAUUAGACCAGACUCAUCGAGGCCAGAGCUGCUCCAGCCUCUGAACUUCGUUCGAUUCUAUCUCCCUCUGCUCAUCCAUCAGCACGAGAAAGUCAUCUAUUUGGACGAUGACGUCAUCGUACAAGGCGACAUCCAGGAACUCUACGACACCACCCUGGCUCUGGGCCACGCAGCAGCCUUCUCGGAUGACUGUGAUUUGCCUUCUGCUCAAGAUAACAACCGGCUUGUGGGGCUGCAGAACACUUACAUGGGCUAUCUGGACUACCGGAAGAAGGCCAUCAAGGACCUUGGCAUCAGCCCCAGCACCUGCUCUUUCAAUCCUGGCGUGAUUGUCGCCAACAUGACGGAAUGGAAACACCAGCGCAUCACCAAGCAGCUGGAAAAGUGGAUGCAGAAGAAUGUGGAAGAAAACCUCUACAGCAGCUCCCUGGGAGGAGGAGUAGCUACCUCCCCAAUGCUGAUUGUGUUUCAUGGCAAGUAUUCCACCAUCAACCCUCUGUGGCACAUACGGCACCUGGGCUGGAACCCUGAUGCAAGAUAUUCGGAGCACUUUCUGCAGGAAGCUAAACUACUCCACUGGAAUGGAAGACAUAAGCCCUGGGACUUCCCUAGUGUUCACAAUGACUUAUGGGAAAGCUGGUUUGUUCCUGACCCUGCAGGGAUUUUCAAACUCAAUCACAAUAGAUGACAUACUCCAACACUUAAAAUAUGCCCUGGAUAAAGAUGAAACUGCCCCUUGGUAUCCUGCUCUAACGCUGUUCUUUAUGAGUAGUAGCACCUCUGAUACCAUGACCUACAAUGUAAGGAAAAAGCCACUGUGUACAAACUGAACCACGUACCACACAGGCGGACCUAAUUUCUCGAAGUUCAAGUGAUAAUUACAACUGGCUGGUUACCACCUCCCUCCACCCCUUUC